GACUCUCGCUUUUUAGUUUUUGCACACAUAAAAAAUAAAUAAAUUAUAAAUUAUAGUACAUCUUAUUUGGAGGAAAAAAGAAAUGGCUACUUCUAGUCCUCGCACAGUCGAAGAGAUCUUCAAAGACUAUAGCGCUCGACGGUCUGGUCUCGUUCGCGCUCUUACUUACGAUGUAGAUGAUUUCUACUCGCAAUGCGAUCCAGAUAAGGAGAAUUUGUGUUUGUAUGGACACCCAAACGAGGCUUGGGAGGUUGCUUUACCAGCAGAGGAAGUUCCACCGGAGCUCCCUGAGCCCGCCUUGGGUAUUAAUUUUGCAAGAGAUGGGAUGAACCGUAAAGACUGGCUUUCACUGGUUGCUGUGCAUUGUGAUUGUUGGUUGCUUUCCGUGUCUUUCUACUUUGGAGCUCGACUCAAUCGCAAUGAGAGGAAGCGCUUAUUCAGCAUGAUAAAUGAUCUUCCGACUGUCUUUGAAGUUGUAACUGGUAGGAAGCCCGUCAAAGAUAAGCCCUCAGUGGACAGUGGAAGCAAAUCGCGAAACAGCACAAAGAGGUCAAUUGAUGGACAACCAAGAAGCAAUCCUAAGUUAGCUGACGAAAAUUAUGAGGAGGAUGAAGAAGAGCAGGGUGAUACAUUUUGUGGCAGCUGUGGGGGAGGAUACAAUUCGGAUGAGUUUUGGAUCGGCUGUGACAACUGUGAACGGUGGUACCAUGGAAAGUGUGUGAAGAUAACACCAGCCAAGGCCGAACUGAUUAAGUUUUACAAAUGUCCAUCAUGCACAAAAAAGGUGAGGCAGUAGCAGCCGGUGGAGGGAGGAACUAACCCGAUCUGUUUUAUUCAAAGAUGUUUUAAAGCAACACAGCUGAAAUGAAUGCAAAUUCUUUUGGUACUGAAAAAUCCUUCCUGGAAUCGCAAACCAACUACUAUGGUUCUUUAGGCACAUGAAUGAGAUGCAGUGACCUAAAAUGCAUAGGAUUUGUGUAGAUUAAUGUACUUUUUAUUACUGUAACCUACAUUUUCGUGGUCUGCAGCAGUGAAUGCAGUCUUCCAGUUUUCAAAUUUCGGAAUCUGAGUUG